CCGGUCCACCGCGGACAAACAGGGAGGGUCCGUCUGAUGUCGACUUGUCUCCGGGCUGGGACCUGAGAAAUGCGGAGUGGGUUACCAAUACAUUGACAGAGAGUCGAGUGCCAUAAUCAAUCACACAGCCCACAGCCCGCAGUCCACAGCCCACUUCGCCUAGCGCCCUUCUGGUUUCAUUUCAUUUGUGGUUGCAUCACUCAACACAUUCCUCGUGCUGUCCUGAGCCUGGGGAAGGGAUCGUACCCACAACCCCCCGGUUGUGUCAAUGUGUCUCUUGUCCCACGGCAGCAGCAGCAGGGCAAUCGCCACACGCACGCAGCACGCUCUCUCCGCGUCCCUCGUCCACCCACGCACGCACCCGCCCGCCCGCCAGAGACUGACCACUUGGCAGCCCAUCCGUCACCGUCGGGUCGAGAACGCGCCUCGCUUCCUCCGUACCGUACCAGCACUGGCAUGCGCCUUCCGAUUGAUGAGCGGCAACGGGGGCGGCCACGAGUUGAUGCAGCAGGACAGGAGUGCAUGCGGGCGGCCAAUCACCGGCCCCGAAGCCACCUCCAAGUGAAACAGACAGCUUCUGGACCACACACACUCCCGUAAAAAGAAAACGCGACCCUCACAUCCAACUCUUUCGUCUGCCACACCAGCGGGCAAGGGAGCUUGGCCGGUUGCGGCGAAGGCGCCAUGCCCAAAUUGCGCCAGUGCUACCCAUUCCAGCCCCAGGUGUGGGUGUGGGUGGGGAAUCGAAUUGUGAGGUGGGCGCAAGAACGGCAAAGGUGCUUGCUCCGUUGUGACAUGGCCUAAACAUGUCCCUUUCUCGCCUCGAGAUUUGGCUUUUCUGGGAAAGGCGAGAGAGACAUCGUGUUGCAACCCCAAUCCACGGCAAGUGGGCAGUCUAUCGAGUCUCGCUGGCUUCUUGCUUGUUUCGGGGCCAUGCACUCCCCCUACUGUACCCCCCCACCAACCGAAA